AUGGGAAGACUUAUCAAGAAUCACUGGGCGCGACUCAUUAUCCUCACGGCCGCAGCUUACCAAAUCGGCGGUGCGAUCGAGGGAUUCAUCUGGCCCAAGGUAUUCUGGGACUUUAUGACGGAUAAUUUGAACGGCGCUGUGAACCCGGUUCCGGUUCUUCAAAUCCUCAACCUUCUCAUGGGCUUGCUGGGUCUUGCGUGGGAAUGGCCUUUUAAAUACUUUGCCGGCACCCUUGCACACCGCAGCAUCGAGUUCCGGUUGAUCUUCUAUCCCCUCAGCGCUCUACUCUCAAUGCUCCUCUAUCAAGGGACCGAUCCUGCACUGUACUACCUUAUCGGAAUUGGGGUUUAUUUCUGGGCCUACAGUGAAGGCGAGGUAUUUCCUGUACUCACUAACCCAACUACCUGGCCAGCCAACAAGCAAAUGUCCCCUCUCGUCGACAAUCCCCAAGGGGAUGCGCAUGAAGACGAGCUCGAGCAUGAGGCUGAGAACGACGUCCCCGUGAACAAGAAAACCACAUUCAACGGCCGAUUGAAUCAAUACUUCCACGUGGCGAAGAACAUCUCUACACAACAACCCAUCACCUCAACCAAACACGAAUCCAACAUCCAAACCACCUCCCCCCGAAAACGUAAACGCGACACCUCCAUCUCCAUGCUCCCAACCACCCGAAUAACCCGAUCCAUUACCCGAUCUCUCCCAUCCUCAUCCUCAUCCGUAUCCACGAGCCCAAUCUCUCGCUCUCAGACCCCAACCACCUCAACCGGCACCCGCAAAAGAAUCCCCCGAACUCCUUCAACACCCACCCCCACCGACUCCCUCCUCCGCGACACCAUCCCUCCCAACCUGACCCUCCUCCUCGUCGGGGUCAACCCCGGCAUCCUAACCGGCACAACAGGCUACGCCUACGCGCACCCGAGCAACCUCUUCUGGAAACUCCUCCACUGGUCCGGGAUCACCCCCAUCCGCCACCCCCCCUCCGACACAUACCGUCUCCCCGAGCUCUACAAUAUCGGGAACACGAAUAUCGUGGAACGACCGACCCGGGACGCGAGUAUGCUGAGCAAGGCGGAGAUGGAUGCGGGGGUGCCGGUGUUGGAAGGGAAGGUGGCGGCGAUGAGGCCGGAGGUGGUGUGUUUGGUGGGGAAGAGUAUUUGGGAGGCGGUGUGGAGGGUUAGGUAUGGGAGGGGGAUUCGGAAGGAGGAGUUUCGGUAUGGCUGGCAGGGGGAGGGGGAGAAUAUGGGGCGGGGGGAGGAGUGGGAGGGGGCGAGGGUGUUUGUGGCGACGACGACGAGCGGGUUGGCGGCGGGGAUGUCGUUGGAGGAGAAGAGGAGGGUUUGGGAGGAGUUGGGGAGGUGGGUUGUUUUGCGGAGGGGAGAAAUAGAGAGAAAGGGGAAGAAAGGUGGUGGUAUAUAA